UUAAAAAAAAAAAAAAAGCAUCAGUCGCGCGAUACGACGACAAAGAAUGGGUGCAGAGAGUGACCAGGAGGAAAAGCUGUACGAGGAAGAAGAGGAAAAGCGGUACCAGGCAGAAGUCGCGUAUUGGGAAGAAGUGUGGAAAUGUAAUAAUGGGUUCGAAAUUGAUCAUUUGAAGAUACCAAAACGCUUUGGAUUUGUUGGAGUUGCGCCUAUCAGUUUUAAAGAAUAUAAUUACGAUGAUGAACUCCCCCUUCUCAUCUUAUAUGCUAAGAUUGGGGUCCAUAAGUUUAAUAUGUCAAAGGGGACGAACCUCCAGUUCGAUAGUCUUGACAUACUCAAUGAGCUACCUGAACCUGGACAUCGCACAUAUCAUAUCACUUUGCUUGUGAAGGAGACCAGUAGACAAUUUCAAACUAGCCUUGUUCACUUAGGCCAUAGAAAGAAGUCCGUCACUUGGUUUACUGCUAGGUUUAAGCCCAAACAUCCACGACCUGGGCGUCUUCAUUACGGACCAAGACCUGAUUGCUACCGACGUGAACUGCCUGAGUGGCCUCCAGAGAAUGAUUUCAGUGAUAAGAAACGUUUCUACCUGGUGGAAGAAUCAGAGCUGCUAAAAUAUGCCUGGAUUCGUCUAUACAUGGAAUUUGCAUUCGUCGAAGAGAAUGAAGCUAUUGCUGUUGCUAAUCCCGAUCUGUCAAAAUUGGUGAUUUUAAUGGUGGCUGUGGAACCUAUGGGGAAUGCGCAGCCCCCAAAUGAGGAUGUGCUCAUGGCCAGAGAUGCAACUUUCUACAUAAGGUACACUUACCCAUAUAUGGGUCAUCGUAGUCAGCGGUCUCCCCGUCAUCGCAUAGCCAUCAUCAGAAGAACCAUCAAGAAAGACACCCUCUCUCUCCUCUUCAUGAGUUCGUUUGCCAAAAAAUCUUCUAGUGGUGUUACUACCCUACCUAUAAUUAGUGAUUGAUAAAUCAUGAAUGCUCUAAAGUUUGGGUUUCUUUUAAGUAGGAUGGUUUUCCUACUUUUCUGUGUGGUGGUGUUUUUUAUAUGUUACUUUUUACUAUGCGUUUGCUAUGAAUGUGCUUGGUGUUUUGUAUU